AUGAAGACGAAAAACUUUUAUAUAUUGGUUUUGCUGAUAUCUGUCACGAGCGUUGCAUUAUGGCUUGUGAGUUAUCCGUCGCCCACCUUUCGAAAUAUCAUGUCCACGACUCAGAACAACAUUCGUAAAAUACCAAAACACAUGCAGAUGUCAAAAUCCCCCGAUUUGGAAGUUGACAAGAAAUAUCUGGAUCUGCUGGGAUUUGACUCUGAAAGUAAACCAAAGAAUGACAUUGUGGUGAUUGGUAGCGCGUUGAUGCCUGCAGACACUGAAAAUACAAUUCUGUUUUUAAAAUCUGCCCAAGAAUACGUUCCAAAUCUGAAGUUAGUGUUAUUUGACAUGGGGUUGUCAAAAGCAGAUAAACAAACUCUUACCAAUUGUCGCAAUGAAACGAAACAUUGUGAAAUAAGAAAAUUCAAUUUUGAUCAAUAUCCUUCUCAUAUCUCAGAUUUUGCCAAUAAAAGUUAUAAACCAAUCUGUAUUCAGCUGUUGUUGAAAGAGUUUGGUACUGUGAUAUGGGCAGACACGAGUGAACUGUUUGCGUCAAGUGAUAUAGACAAUACUAUGAAACAAGCUAAAACAGAAGGUUUAGUAGCCUGGACUAUUGAAGAUGCUACAUCUUCCCUAACUCAUCCCAAAAUGUUUGACUAUUUUAAAACUGAUCAAAAGAAGUAUUUUUUUCACCAUGCCGUGCAAACCAGUCAUAUCAUACUUGUAAACACAGACAAAAUUCAUGAGAACGUGAUGCUGCCGUGGGUAAAAUGUGCUCUGGUUGAAGAAUGUAUAAACCCAAUGGGUGCUCAAAAUUCCGGGUGUAACUACCAAAGGAAACCAAAGUUUCGGUACACGGGAUGCCAUUGGUAUGACAUGUCGGCAUUAAAUGUGAUUUUAGGUCUAGCGUUUGACUUUGAUGAAGCGUAUUCCGGGAAAGAUAAAAUAUUCUGGACCAAAUUCGAUCAAGAAAAAGCCAAAGCGGAAAAUAUGACAGAUGGUGCUGUCCAUAAAGUGAGUGUACCACAUAGAGUAUAUUUUUAA